CUAAGAACGUGCGAUAAAGCGAAGAAAAACAUCCUCAUUCACAAUUCAACCUUAUCGAAACGUGUUGCCGAAGCGAUUUUUUUUAUCAGUAUUACAAACUACUGAAGCUAGCAAUACGCUCUAGUCUCUGGGGCCCUUUCCUGUAGAAAAGCGAUUCGUUGUGCAAUCACAUGAUCUCACCUAACAUCGGAAAGAAUUAAACUGACGUGAUGUCUUCAUUACGCUACGAAAUGGACGACAGCAUGGAGAGCGGUCUGCAGCAGCAGACAGCAUCGGGUAGCGGUCGCAAAAGUGCGCUGAAUGCAGCGCCAGGUGAUGAGCUGUUUAACAACAUGAUGGGUGCCGACUUUAGCAUAAGAAAGCGUCGCGUUUGGGCCCCAGAAGAAGUGUCGCUCGCUUCCGAAGAUAUCGACCUGCUGGACGAUGAUGACGAUUUGGAAGAGGAGGAAGAUGAUGGAGUCGGGUGCCCGUUACCGUCGACACCGGAGGAUAAUCAGCUGCUCGAGGCAGAAAUGACCGAAGUGCUGAAGGCAGGCGUUCUCUCUGACGAAAUUGAUCUUGGCGCGUUAGCUCACAAUGCGGCGGAACAGGCCGAAGAGUUCGUGCGCAAGGUGUGGGAAGCUUCGUGGAAGGUUUGCCACUUCAAAAACCUCCCGGCCUGGCUACAGGAUAACGAUUUCCUGCACAAGGGCCACCGGCCACCGUUGCCUUCGUUCAGCGCUUGCUUCAAAUCCAUCUUUCGCAUACACACCGAAACCGGCAACAUAUGGACGCACUUGCUAGGCUGUGUGAUGUUUAUCGGCGUGGCCGCCUACUUCCUCACGCGCCCGUCAUUCGAAAUUCAGCUGCAAGAGAAACUCAUCUUCCUCACCUUCUUCAUUGGCGCGAUCAUUUGUCUAGGAUUCUCGUUCGCGUUUCACACACUGUGCUGUCAUUCGGAAAUGGUUGGAAAACUGUUUUCAAAGCUCGAUUACUGUGGUAUCGCCCUCCUCAUCAUGGGUUCGUUCGUUCCUUGGCUGUACUAUGGAUUUUAUUGCCACUAUAAACACAAGCUGAUUUACCUGACUGUAGUGAUUGUGCUCGGAAUUACUUCGAUCAUCACUUCCCUGUGGGAUAAAUUUUCUCAACCAAAUCUGAGACCGCUCCGUGCAGGUGUUUUUAUGAGUUUUGGUCUGUCCGGCAUUAUCCCAGCUAUACAUUACGUGCUUAUGGAAGGAUGGUUUAGCAAAAUUUCUCAAGCAAGUCUGGGAUGGCUUAUACUGAUGGGAUUGCUGUACAUUCUGGGCGCCCUGUUCUAUGCCUUGCGCGUACCCGAACGGUGGUUCCCGGGCAAGUGUGACAUUUGGUUCCAAUCGCACCAAAUCUUCCAUGUGCUUGUGCUGGUGGCUGCUUUCGUGCACUACCAUGGCAUCAGCGAAAUGGCAAUGUAUCGAGUAACGGUGGGUGAAUGCGAUAUCCCUCAUCAGCAUCCCGCUAUUAGCUUCUAAACAUGCAAAGACGGUAAGCAAGUGAAUGUGUACCAUCGCGCCCAAGAUCCGAUUCCUUUGCUGCGGAUGAGCAUGUUUUACAUCACACUCAUACAAAGAUACACAGCAUAUUAACAUCUCAGCAAAGCAGUGGGCAGAUCACCGCGUGCGGAAUCGGAUUAGCAAGACUAUUCCGGGGAAGAAAGGAACCACAGCAGCAACAGAUUACAGCGGGAUAAUUUAUUGUAGUGUUGUAUGGGGGUUGUAGACGUUUUUAAAAUGCAAAUUUUGCCUUGAAAUAUGAGUAAUUUUUGUUUUCGUUUUUGCAAAUCCUUUUUUGCUGUCCUUAUACGAGAGCUAUAUGUAUGUUUGUUUCGAAUUAUAAUUUUUAGUGCGCAGUCGUUUCAAACCCUAACCCCAGAAACAUGUUAUUAACUGCUACCAUUAAUACUAAUCAGCAAAAAAAACUAGUUUAACGAUUGUAUGCCCCCGAAUGGAUGCGCAACAUUAAGUAUGUGAUUCACAACCAAAACAUAGACUAUUUCAUCCAACCACUGUUUAGGUACAUCGUGCCCGUCCGGCGAUACAAUUAGCUUCAGACGCAUACAUGAUAAACGUUGUCAUUGACGGCAAGCGAAACAUUUCUUCGUUCGCAUUGUACGCCCGCGGAUGCAUUGCAAAUGGGACUCUGAUUGCGAGCAGCUGGGUAGCAAAUGUCGCAUGCUAAGUUGAGUGCUAAUCGAUUCCGACAUUAUGAGUAUUAAGUUUCACACACGCAUACAUACACAAACACAACAGGAUAACAUUCUAGGGUGGGGCGCAUAAUUGGCUAUAGACAGUCGCGAGACGAGCAACGCUUUCCUUCAUUUUCAUACAUUAACACGCGGGACUUACUUUAGCAAGCAAUUCACACACGAUCCAGCAAACGUGAAACAGAUGUAGAUCUACGGUAAAACAUUAUCAAAAAAUUCUAAAAACAAAAUCAUUAAGAAAAACAAAACUGCGCACCGCAAGUCGAAAAGCAAUGCAGAAGCUUAUAAAGGUGAAAGGAUAUCAAUUCUCUUUCACGAUGCUUCUGUGCUGCGCAAGCGGCCUCGCGCCGGAAAAAAAACAUUCUGUUUGCGAUCUGCUGUGUUGUUGUUCAUUGUUUGAAUACACAUGGGGGAGCUACAAACAACAGGGUAGUGAGAUAAAAAAAACAAAUCUUGGGAAAAAGAGGAUUUCGAAUCGGGGUAGAGAGGGAAGGGGGAAUAAUAAAUGUUUAACCAUUAAGUAAGGGCUAAACCAAUUAUUACAAACACAAGGCACACAAACACACUACAUGGUAACACGACAAAAGUGUACGAACUAUGGGAAAGUUAAAUACAAUUCAUGUGUACCGAGAAAAAGUAAAAA